AUGCACCAACGGCUUACUGGGCCGUUCGAAAAGACUGACCCUACCUCCAGACCACACCAACUGCCGCGCAUCGGAAUCAACCUGCUCCGUUUCACCCGGUCGGUAGAAAACGAGACAGCGCCUUUUCUUAAGACUCUCCACAAUUUUCCACUCAAUCCUCUGCGUCCAACCUCAUGUCCCCUGUCUCGCCAACACUUAUGCGGGACUCGAGCCCGGCGGCGAGGGCAAAGGGACUGUGUCUGCAGGCUUGCCACUCCCCCAGACUUCAUCGCCAAACUAGUUUCGGCCCCGCCUAAACUGGUCUCAGAAGAAUGCCCAACGAGAGUCGAACCCGGGCAGCGGUACUGCAGCGUGUCAGCCCGACACGAUAUUACCGCGUCACACCUCCGUGAAGACCGGACUCCUCCUUUGUAA